UGCACGGCCCGGCCGGGCGCUCUCGCGAGAUCGGCGUUGGCGCCGUGACCUCCAUGUGAGCGCGGCGGCGCUCCCCGGUAAACAGUGCCCGGGCCGGGCGAUGGCUUCCGGCGCAUCCGCAUAGCCCUGGUCACCGCCGGCCCGUCGGGACUCGCCGUCACCCGCACUGCCUCGGCGGRAUCGGGGAGUGCCGCGGGAUCCGCUAGGCUCCCCUUCCGUCUUCCGCGCCCCGCCUAGCGGUACGGGCGGCCCGGAUUGCGGGCGGGAGGGUCGCGCCCGCUGCGCGGGGUUUGAAAUUCCUGCCCCGCCGGGCCGAACAAAGAGCCCGGACCMCUCCCCUGCACCUCCCACGCCGCGGGCGCUCAUCCGCGGAGCGGUCCCCGUUCCUACCCCCUGCCCAGGUCCGCCCUGCUUUGCCCGCGGUCGGCCGAGCGGGCGGGAGGGCGCGCACCAUGUGGAUCCAGGUCCGCACCAUCGACGGCACCCAGACCCAGACCAUCGACGACCUGAGCCGCCUCACCAAGAUCGAGUGUCUGCGGGAGAAGAUCCAGGAGACCUUCCGCGUGAGCCCCGACCGCCAGCGCCUCUUCUACCGGGGCAAGCAGCUAGAAGAUGGACACACUUUAUUUGACUACAAUGUUGGACUAAAUGACAUAGUUCAGCUUUUAAUACGUUCUGAUUCUGAAGCUCCUACCACUGCCUCUGUGACAGAUCAGSAUGGAGAAGUCAAUCCCUGUGCUAUUUCCAACUGCAAGAAUAAAGUCAAAAACACCAACAGUGGAUCACCGAGUCAGCCAUCUACAUCAUCUCGCUCGUUUCUGAUUGAUCCUGGCAUUGGAUUGUACAAGAUAAAUGAAUUGGUGGAUGCCCGUGAUGUCAGCAUUGGAGCCUGGUUUGAAGCUCAUAUAGAAAAUGUUACCCGAGCAACAAAGGGACAUAAGAAUGGUAAAGCUCAAGGGAAGAGUGGUAACACUUACAAAAGGACUAAUGGAAACUUAAAUCAAGAUCAUGCUAGAGAAAAUGCAAAUAAUUUGGACAGUACACCUUCCACAUCUUACUCAGAUUGUAUGGACACUGAUGAAGAAGCUAUUUAUCAUAUCAAGUAUGAUGAGUAUCCCGAAAAUGGCAUAAUAGAAAUGGACACAGUUAAUCUUCGACCCCGAGCAAGAACCAUUUUGAAGUGGAGUGAGCUUAAAGUGGGUGAUGUGGUGAUGGUUAACUACAAUGUUGAGACACCAGAAGAAAGAGGAUUUUGGUUUGAUGCAGAAAUUACCUCUUUGAGAGAAAUCUCAAGGACUAACAAAGAGGUUCAUGCUAAAAUUCUGCUGGGAGGUCCAGAAGACACAAUAAAUGAUUGUAAAAUCCUUUUUAUAGAGGAAAUGUACAAGAUUGAAAAGCCAGGAGCCUAUCCAUUGACUUUUGGGGAUGGAGAUUUCAAAAGAAAAAGUGGCCCUGAAUGCAAGCACUGUAGGGCUGAUCCAGAUAAGGAGUGCCGGUUUUGUUCGUGUUACUUGUGUGGUGGCAAACAGGAUGCUCACAUGCAACUCCUGUGUGAUGAAUGUAAUAUGGCUUAUCAUAUAUACUGCCUGAACCCUCCCUUAAGCAAGAUACCAGAAGAUGAAGACUGGUAUUGUCCUUCCUGCAAAAAUGAUUCUAAUGAAGUUGUAAAGGCUGGAGAAAAGCUCAAACAGAGUAAAAAGAAAGCAAAGAUGCCAUCUGCCAGUACUGAAAGCCAGAGAGACUGGGGAAAGGGCAUGGCUUGUGUUGGUCGCACUAAAGAAUGCACUAUUGUUCCUUCAAAUCAUUAUGGGCCUAUACCUGGUGUUCCUGUUGGGACAACCUGGAAAUUCAGAGUUCAGGUGAGUGAAGCAGGUGUUCACAGGCCCCAUGUUGGUGGAAUCCAUGGUCGCAGCAAUGAUGGAGCUUACUCACUCGUACUAGCUGGGGGAUUUGAAGAUGAAGUGGAUCGAGGAGAUGAAUUCACUUACACUGGGAGUGGAGGUAGAGAUCUUUCUGGCAAUAAAAGAAUUGGAGAACAUUCAUUUGAUCAGACAUUAACACACAUGAAUAGGGCAUUGGCCCUUAACUGUGAUGCCCCACUGGAUGACAAAAAUGGAGCAGAGUCCAAGAAUUGGAGAGCUGGUAAGCCAGUCAGAGUAGUUCGCAGUUCAAAAGGACGGCGGAUCAGCAAAUAUGCCCCAGAGGAAGGCAACAGAUACGAUGGCAUUUACAAGGUGGUGAAAUAUUGGCCAGAAAUYGGAAAAUGUGGAUUUUUAGUUUGGCGUUAUCUUCUGAGGAGAGAUGAUGCUGAGCCUGCACCUUGGACUUCAGAAGGAAUGGAGCGGUCAAAGAAGCUGGGUCUAAGCCUACAGUAUCCAGAAGGUUAUUUGGAAGCCAUGGCUAGUAAGGAGAAGAAAGAUAAGGUUAAAAAGCAAACUGUGAAACAGGAGCCAACCAGCCAAAGUAAUGGAAACCAGAAAAGGACAAUUGACGAUGCAGCUAUAGAGGAACCUAAAAAUACACCCAAAGCCAUGAAGAUGGGAGAUGGGGGGAAGGGAGAAGCUUUCCAGCUGACCCAGGAGCAGCAGUGGCUGAUAAGAGAAGACUGCAUGAACCAAAAGCUGUGGGAUGAAGUACUUGCUUCUCUUAAAGAAGGACCAAAUUUUCUGAAGAAACUGGAACAAUCCUUUAUGUGUGUCUGCUGCCAGGAGUUGGUUUACCAGCCAGUGACAACAGAGUGCCUCCACAACGUCUGUAAAAGUUGUUUACAGCGCUCCUUCAGAGCUGAAGUGUUCACCUGCCCUGCGUGCCGCCACGACCUGGGGAAGGGCUACACCAUGGCUCCCAACAAGAUCCUGCAGACACUACUGGACCAGUUCUUUCCUGGUUACAGUAAAGGACGAUGAUGUGCUCAGAUCCUUCUGUACUUCUCCCAGUGAUUUUAUAGACAGUAAAGGGGAAUAACAUGGGAAAUUCAGCAGUGGACCAGCGAGCUUGAUGGGACUCAAUAUGUUGUCGCAUUUUGAAGCAGCUAACCCUCUUCCCAUCAUAGCCAUUUUUUGGUGUUGUGAGAGCUCUAAUUCUCAGCUGUCUUUUAACAUCAAAGGUAGUUUUGGCCAGUUAACAAAUAGUUUUUAAAGAAGAAAAAAAAAAAAAAAAAAAAAAAAAAAAAAA